AUGACAGCUUUGACUAACCCCAGGAUCGACGUAGGCACAGCUGUCCACCUGUGUUCCAGGACUAACCCCAGGAUCGACGUAGGCACAGCUGUCCACCUGUGUUCCAGGACUAACCCCAGGAUCGACGUAGGCACAGCUGUCCACCUGUGUUCCAGGACUAACCCCAGGAUCGACGUAGGCACAGCUGUCCACCUGUGUUCCAGGACUAACCCCAGGAUCGACGUAGGCACAGCUGUCCACCUGUGUUCCAGGACUAACCCCAGGAUCGACGUAGGCACAGCUGUCCACCUGUGUUCCAGGACUAACCCCAGGAUCGACGUAGGCACAGCUGUCCACCUGUGUUCCAGGACUAACCCCAGGAUCGACGUAGGCACAGCUGUCCACCUGUGUUCCAGGACUAACCCCAGGAUCGACGUAGGCACAGCUGUCCACCUGUGUUCCAGGACUAACCCCAGGAUCGACGUAGGCACAGCUGUCCACCUGUGUUCCAGGACUAACCCCAGGAUCGACGUAGGCACAGCUGUCCACCUGUGUUCCAGGACUAACCCCAGGAUCGACGUAGGCACAGCUGUCCACCUGUGUUCCAGGACUAACCCCAGGAUCGACGACUCCAAAUGCCCAGGAAGCUGUGACUUCCAUCUCAGAAGCCUCGGCCCCCACGUAGUAAAUGUCAGGAUAGUCAAUGGGGAUCACUUAAGCGCAGGUCAACGCACAGGCUACCUUGCAAAGAAAACAAGCAUGGGAGGAGAAAAUUGUAAAGCGGGCUACCAGAGGAAUAGCCAUGGAACCUCUGCAUCUCAGAUGAAUAUUCAGCAACAGCGACAGAUUUGGCCAAGAGGUGUGUUCCAGUCAGGUACCUGUGAUGCAGGCACUCAGACUUACCUGACAAUGGCACACCUGCGGCCCAAAUCGGUCCCCUCCUCUGUCCCCAGAAUAAUGUGUAGAUCCCAGAGGAAGACUGAUGAUACGUGGAGUUCUCAGCAUGGCUCACAGGUCUGGCAGCCUUCGCAGAGCCCCCCACACAGUGUCCCAUACGGGAGGGGCUUUAAAGCCACAGUCCCUAGUCGCGUCCUCCGUGAGGUUGGGACCCACUCCGACACUUGUGGCCUUUCCUACAGCUGCCAGCUUCCCUCACAGGAAAUAAGUAAGAUGGGCGGGGUGAGGUCAUCUAUAACAAUACACUAA